AACACCUCCCUACCCUUCCCAUACUUAUCAUAUCCCCUUUCUCACCCACAGCAAGAACAGAAGGGCAGCAGAUACAGCAGGAAAGUAAGGAGCAGCAGGAACAUCAGGAAGAUCAGGAGCAGCAGGAACAUGAGGAGCAGCAGGAACAUCAGGAGCAACAGGAACAUCAGGAGCAGCAGGAACAUCAGGAGCAGCAGGAACAUGAGGACCACUAAGAGCAGCAGGUGAGUGCACAACACCUCCCUACCCUUCCCAUACUUAUCACAUCCCCUGUCUCACCCACAGCAAGAACAGAAGGGCAGCAGAUACAGCAGAAAAGUAAGGAGCAGUAUGAGCAGCAGGAACAUCAGAAGCAGCAGGAACAUCAGCAGCAACAGGAACAUCAGGAGCAGCAGGAACAUCAGGAGCAGCAGGAACAUCAGGAGCAACAUGAGCAGCAGCAGGUACACAGGAACAUCAGAAGCACCAGGGGAAGCAGGAGAAAUAGAUACAGCGAGAGCAUCAGGAGCAGCAGGAAAAGCAGGAGCAGCAGAUACAGCAGGAACAUCAGGAGCAGCAAGUGAGUCCACAACACCUACUCACCUUCCCCAUACUGAUCCCAUCCCACAACAGGAAAAUCAGGAGCAGGAGGAGCGAACAGCAGGGGCAGCACGUGCAACAGGAACAUCAGGAGCAACAGGAACUUCAGGAGCAGCAGAAGCAACAGGUGAGUGCACAUCACCUCCCUACACUUUCCAUACUUAUCCCAUUCUUUGUCUCACCAAAACAAGGUACAGCAUGAGCAUCAGGAGGAGCAGGAACAGCAGAAGCAACAGAUACAUCAAGAAAAUCAGGAGCAGCAGGAGCAGCAGGUGAGUACAAAGUACCUUAACCUUCCCAUACUCAUCCCAUCCCUUGUCUUACCCACAGUAGGAAAUGUAGGAACAUUAGGAGCAGCAGAAACAGCAGGACUAGCAUGAACAUCAGGAGCAACAGGAACAUCAGGAUCAGUAGGAGCAGCAGGUGAGUGCACAACAACUCCCUAACCUUUCCAUACUUAUCCAAUACCUUAUCUCCCUCAGCAGAUACAGUAGGAGCAGCAGCAACAUAAGGAGCAGCACGAACAUCAGGAACAGCAAAAGCAGCAGGAAUAUAAGUAGCAACAAAAACAGCAGGAGCAGCAGGUGAGUGCACAGCACCUCCCUACCAUUCCCAUGCUUAUCCCAUCCCUUGUCUCUCCCACAGCAGGUACAUCAGGAGCAGCAGGAACAUCACGAGCAGCAGGAACACCAGGUGCAGCAAGUAAAACAGGAGAAGCAGGUGAGAACACAACACUUCCCUACCAUUCCCAUAAUCAUCCCAUUCCUUGUCUCACCCACAACAGGAGGAGGAGCAGUAGGAGCAGCAGUUUCAGGAGCAUCAGGUGAGUGUGCCCUACCCUCUCCAUACUUAUCCCAUCCCUUGUCUCACCCACUGAACGUACAGCAGCAGUUGAGGGCGUCACAUAACCCUGCCUUCCCUACUCCAUACCCCAUCUCUUGUCGCAACAAGAGCAUCGUAAAUAGGAACAGCAGGAACAGCAGGAAGAGCAAGAGCACUAGGUGAGAGCUAAACACCUCCAUGCCUUCCCCACUACUAUUCCAUCCCUUGUCUCAGCAGGAGCAUCAUAACCAAGAGCAGCAGGUACAGCAGCAGCAGUAGGAUCAUCAAGAGCAGCAGGUACUGCAGGAGCACACAUCAGGAGUAGCAGAAACAGCAGGUACGAGAGUACGUACAGCAGCAGCAGCAGUACCACCACAAACAGCAGCAGCAGAUAAAGCAGAUGUAGCAGCACCAGCAGCAGAUGCAAUAGCAGACGCAAAACCAACAGCAGCAGCAUCAGAUGCUUUUCUCGUCUUUCUCCUCCUCCUCCUCCUGGUUGUUCUCUUCCUUCUCCGUCUCGCCGGUCGCCUGAGUUCUUAACUCUCAGAGAGUGAGAGUACCCAACGCA